AUGCCUUUGAUCGACAAUAGCAAUACUAACAACAACAAUAAUAAUAAUAAUAGAAUUAGUUUAACUGACGAUGAAACAUCAGAUUGUAUUCAAGUUACAUUAACACGAUCUCCAUUACAUGGUUUUGGUAUCGCGAUUAGUGGGGGUAAUCAUGAGAGUAAAUUGAUUGAUUUGAAACGAACGAAUCACUCAUAUUAUGAUGAUAAUCAAUCUUUAACUGUCUGUGAAGUCAUUAAAAAUGGUCCGGCUGAUGGCAAACUUUUACCGAACGAUCAGAUAGUGAAUGUAAAUGGUCAUCCUGUCAUUCAUCAUAUGGAACACACAGCAUUGAAAUUGAUCCGCGAGUCAACUGAUUUUGUUAAUUUAAUCGUUCGUCGACGAAAACAUCCGGUUAUUGUUUCGGAUAGUGAACCUCCGAUCAAGUGUAUUUUAAAUAAGACUCGUAAAGACGAAAAGUUUGGUGUGAUUCUCGGUUGUCGAUAUUUUAUUAAAAAAAUUCAUUAUCCCAAUAAUGAAAUGUUUACGAAUCUUCAAGAAGGUGAUGAAGUGAUUAAAAUAAAUGAAACACCUGUUGAUCGUUUAACGUUACAAGAAGCACAAAAAUUAAUUGAUAAAACGAAAGAACGCCUUGUACUCUUUGUUGUACCAAAUAAAUUCCAUUCCGAAAAUUCCACUCCCUUCCAAAAUGGUGCUAAUCAUCAUCAUCAUCAUCACCACCAUCAACAAGACACAGGCCCAAUUAUCGUUCAAAAUCGUCCAGUAUCGACGCGAAAAGAAUUGCAAGCUGAUUAUAAUCAAUAUGUUUUCGAACGACCAAUUCGACAAGAUUUUCUUCGACCAAUUACGGGAACACGAUAUGUGUCGUUUUUUACCGAUACAUCAAGUAUUGGAAUUCGUCUAGCAGGUGGCGAUAAACAUGGUUUAUUCAUUUGUGAAGUUCAACCAACGAGCGUGGCGCAUAAAGCUGGAUUAUUAGUAGCUGAUAAGAUCUUUAGUGUGAAUAAUAUUGAUUUUACGACGUUAACACGUGAAGAGGCUGUGCUUUGUUUAAUGAAUAUGAAAACAUCGCAAGUGAAUAUGAUCGUUGCUAAUCUGCGCCAUGAAUACGAACAAUUGUUAGCUGAUGUUGGUGGUGAUUCAUUUUACAUACGAGCUCAUUUUACUUACAACACAACGAAUGAUGAAGAAUUAUCUAUUCGUGUCAAUGAUAUUUUUCAUGUAACGGAUACACUUUACAACGGACAAGUUGGUUCUUGGGUUGCAACGAAAUUAAACGCACCUCCAACAAUGACGAAGGUCACCGGUGCUAUUCCAAACAAGACACGAGCGGAACAAUUAGCAAGUAUUGCACCAAGCCUUGAACAAUUAUUAAAAGCCAAGCAACCUUCGUUCAAACGGAAACUGCGAUCAAAAUUUAGUGAUAAACGAUCACGAUCAGUGUCAUCAAUUAAUCAUUUAAAAGAAGAUUCCACUUUCGCUAAAGCUCUCUGUUGGAAACCGUUGACAAGUUCAAAAUUUCCCGCAUACGAACGUGUUGUUCUAAAAGCUGUGACAAUCAUUCGUCCUGUGGUUCUUUUUGGUCCUUUGGCUGAUAUCGCUCGAGAUCGUCUGAUCAAAGAUUAUCCUGAACGAUUUGAAUUACCUCGAAUUGAAAUGCAUUCUCCAACAAAAGCACGAGCAAAUGUUAUUAAACUUCAGAGUAUCAAAAAUGUGAUUCAACGAAAUCGCCACUGUUUACUCGAUGUAACUCCGACAGCUGUGGAACAAUUGAAUUACGCUCAAUGUUAUCCAAUUGUGAUCUAUUUCAAAGCACUCGAUCGCCGUCAAAUUAAACAAAUCCGUCAAGAAUACGGCAAACUUUAUCAGAAAUCUUCUCGCCGUUUGUUUGAAUCUUCUGAACGUCUUGAAUUUCUGUAUUCGUAUCUGUUCACAUCAACAAUUAAACUUGAUUCAACGACAAAUUGGUAUAAGAUUUUGAAAAGUCAAAUUGAAAUGCAACAAGAACAAUCAAUUUGGAUGAGCGACGAUCGACCAGCUGAUAAAGAUCUGCCGAAUUCGGAUGAAUAUUUCAUUUCAACUAGACAAAGUUACUCCGACGAUAAUACAACGCGGGAUGAAUCAAGUCCAGAUUCCGAAAUGAACAACGCACAUCGACGAAAAGGAAAUAAUUAUUUACAAAGGGUCGCAUCAGAUCCUGUCGUUUUUCCAAGAGAUAAAAUCCAAUCGUAUUCGACUGAUUCCCAUCCGGAUUUUGAUGAUGAAGAGGAAGACGACGACGAAGAAGGAGAAGAAGACGAUAAUAGUGCAUAUAUGCAAAAUUCAUCGAUGUCAUUACCCAAUCGUAGCCAUUCGGUUACGGAAAUUCCAGCCCUCAACGGAGAAAAACAUCGUCGUCGAUCGGAAAUUGUUCAUUCGAACUCGACAGCAGAGAAUUCCAAUUAUUAUAAAAAAUCUUCGUCUUACAUCAAACCAAUCAAUGAAAACAGCAACAAUCAUUUUCAAUCAAUCGUCGAUAAUAACGAGGAAUUAUUUCGAACAGAUAAAUAUAACAAUAACGAAAAUCCGUCACGUAUAUAUCCAUCGGCAUCCAACGGUCAUCUAAUCUAUCGCACGGAAUCAAUUUCACACGUCGAACAUGACGAUAUCUAUCGUUUGCAACGAUUAUAUCGUACCGAUGAUCAAGACAAGUAUAAAACUCACUAUGAUAACGAGCAUUUCCUAAACACACAGAGCACUGUUAAGCUUCUUCAAGCACCUUUAAUGAAAUCACAAACACAUGAGUUAAAUGGAUCAGCAACGAAUACAUUGAAUGGAAAACCGAAUCGAAUCCCAUCGAGACGACCGCUGAUUGCGCCAAAACUUCGAACGGCCAAUCCAAACGAACGGCUAAGUUCAAGUGAUAGUGGAGGAUCUCUACAACAUAAUAUCAAUAAAAAUCCUACGCAUAAAUCGACAAUGACAUCCAUGAACGGUUAUGCUACUUGGAAUAGACCUUUAUCGUCUUCCUCAUCUCGUCCAACAAUCUUGCCAUCUUCUUCGAAUGGUCAUCAUUCUCAUACGAAUACCCUCGAUCCAUCUCACCGAAUCACUCGUUGUACAUCAAUGGAUACAGUUCGUCGAAAUGAACAAAUUCAAUCAAUUAAUCCUCACGAAAAACUACGUGCUGAGUUAUCAUUGAAGCAAAAGAUGUCUGCUAAUAAGAAACCGAAUCAAACAUCACUGGGCAAUUCUAUACCAAGAGAAAAUUCUCGAUCGGAAUUGUAUCCUCAGAUAAUUCCAAAUGUUUAUUAUGAAUCAACAAACGAUCGACGCCAUUAUCAAAAUGGUGAUUUCUCCUUACAAAAGCCACGAGUUUACACACAUGAUGAUCCAACUCUUCUGAUGCAACAACAAUUGAAUGCACAUUCAUCGUCAUCAACAUCAUCGUCAUUAAGCGUGAAAGAUAAAAGUAUCAAAGAAAUGAAUGAAGCAAGAUCUUAUUCAAGUCAAGAUCCCUGCGACGUGAUUGGCGGCGCUCGCGGAGUUUUAGGUUACUAUGGUGGAAAACUCGUUUGUCCAUUAACAGGUGUAUCGAUCUCAGUUCCUAUUGGAGCAAUUCCCGAAGGUGUUCAACAAGAGAUUUACUUUCAAGUGUGUCAAGAUGGAACGAAUAUUCCAACGUUUAAUGCCAAACAAGGCGAACGUCUAUUGAGCCCAAUUGUCAUGUGCGGCCCUCAUGGUGUUCAAUUUUUAAAACCAGUUGAAUUAAUCUUACCACAUUGUGCCGGAACUGACGCACAACAACUCGCUUUGAUGCUUCACGGUGCGAAUCAAAAUGGUUCACCAAAUCAUCAACCAGACAAAUCAGCAACUCUAAAUGGAAUUAAUCAUGUCACAAGUUCGAAUGUAUCGAUUCUCGUUGAUCAUUUCUAA